AUGGUGGCCCAGAACCUUUCAAAUAAUGGUGAUUCAAGUCUGAGUGAAAGUAGGAAGCAAGAUGAAGAAUAUACAAAUCCACAAAACCAGUCCGCAUCCCACAGCCAUAUUACGUCAAAUUUGAAAGAAGACAAGGAUAAUUUAAACGAGUCGUAUGAUGACUCCAACUCUUACAAUGAAAAUAACCAAGCACAAGAUAAUGCAGUCGAACCAAAGUAUCCCCACCACUAUACGCCAGAAGCCACACUGGAUCCUCCACAUCUCUUCAACUCCAGCAAUCAAAUCAAUGGCACAUAUGGCAACCAACAAUCAAGACCUCCUACAACACAACCAAGUUCAGGUUACCUCGAUCCUCAAUGGGGAAAUAUGAUGUUUGAUCCCAGUGCAGCCGAUUAUUUGUACGACAUUGAAUUACCAUCACACCUAUCACAAUCAGGAAACAACACGGGAAGCAAUGAUACUAAUAUCAUGCACCACAUACAGUACCAGAAUAAUGUACAUCCAGAAGUGAACAAUUCUCCUGCUCCGGAAAGUUUCAGCAAUCAAAACCAGCGCGUUUCACUACCCUACAGGGAGGAUACAUUAAGCCAGAGCCAGCUGCCCCAAACAACUUUAUCUCAGCAACCAAGAGAUUUUACUCCAAGUGUGGCAGCUCCACAUGGACCCAAUUCGUCAAAACCAACAAAACAACGACGCCCCUGUGAUCAAUGCCGAAGACGAAAGACCAAAUGUGUCAUUGUCCCUAAUACAAACAACUGUGUUCAAUGUGAGGCAAAACAGUUAACAUGUACAUACACUACUCCCGCUGCGAAAAGAAAAUCAUCGGAACUAGAACUGGAUACUCAAAAGAGAGGAAGACCCAAUGUCGCGGCACCUGUUGAAAAUAAUCGAAUACCAGAUGUGCCAAUACGAGAGGUGGCUCCUGUUCAAGAUUACUCUGCCAUGAACAACUCCUUACUUAAAAAGACAUUGUCCUUGCAAUUCCCUCGCUCGAGUUUCUAUGUGGGACCAACCAAUUACUUGUACGAUGUCAACUUGUUGAAUCAAAUUAUUGAUAACCGUAACAACAAUAACAAUCCAAGUGGCGCUGCAAAGAUUGAACAAGCAAGUUUAAGCAGUUCUAUAUCUUUGAGAAAAGUUAGCGAUAAGGUGCAUUUCGUCUUGAAAGACGAUCAGUCACCUCAGUCCUACCAAACCAUGUCAAACGAUGUUGAUACCAUUGAAAAACUCAUUUCUCCCCAUGGGCAAAUCUUGAUUGAUUUGUAUUUCAGAAUCAUCCACCCAUCGUAUCCAAUUGUGCAUAAAAAGGUCUUUUUGGAGAAGUAUGCACGCACACAUCGAGAAUUCACUGCGCCCUUGAUAGCGGCUGUGUAUGUGCUAGCAAUUCAGUGGUGGGACUAUGAUCCACAAUUGAAUCGAUUCCCUAAACCCAAUGUGGAACUCAUACUAAAAAUAGGGCUCAAAAACUAUCUUCAAGAGAUCCUUAAACGACCAAAAUUGAGUGCUGUCCAAGCAGGAUUACUAUUAUUGCAAUGCAAACACAUUAUCAGCUGCAAAGCUACAAAUAACCAAGUUCAAAAUAGUGGCGACGCAGAUUACUCGGAAUGGGUUCUUUGCUCUCAAGUUGUCUCACUAGCCGAAGAGCUAGGGCUCGGUUUAGAUUGUAAUAAUUGGAAAUUACCGAAAUGGGAACGAGGCUUGAGGAAACGGUUAGCUUGGGCUGUGUACAUGGAAGACAAGUGGCUUUCAUUGAAAGAUUCCCGACCAUCUCAUAUCAAUGAGAACAACUGGAUUGUUUUACCACUCUAUGAGGUGGAUUUUCCUGAUAAACAUGGAGAUGGAGAUUUGAAAGAAGGGUCGUCAGAUUUGGACACUGGAAAGAAAGUAUUUACAAAUCUAAUUGAACUAUCCAAGAUUUUGUCGGAAAUAUUGGAUCAAUUCUACUCAAUGAAGGCAAUGAGAGAAAUCACAAACAUUAGCGAGGUGUUGAAGUUGGCUAAACCGUUACAGUUGCAACUUCGAAACUGGUUUUAUUCAUUGCCGAGCGAGUUGCAAAUGAACUUGGUCCAACCAAGAAAAUUGUGCUCCAAUGGGUACUUACACUUGGCUUAUUUUGCCACUGAAUUGACGUUGCAUAGAAAGAUCACCACGAUCAUUUAUCAACAAACAAAUGCUGGUGACCCACCACCACCAGAAUUGAUCAAUGUGUGUCGAUCAGCAGCAAAAACCCGUUUACUAGCUUCCAUUGAGUUUGUUCGUGACUUGAAGCCCGAGCAUAUUCAUUCCUUUUGGCAUUCUUCGUCGUCGUCUAAUUUUACCUUGAUUGGUACAUUUGCAGCAAUUUUAUUCAUAUCGUCGCCAACGCAAGAAGAAGCAAAUUUUUAUCGAGAUCAAAUAUUCAAUUAUCGAUGGAUUUUGAAGAUUUCUUCAAAAGGAUUUGACCAAGUUGCUGAGGCGUUAUCUCAAUUGGAUUUGGUUUUAGGCAAUAUACCAGGUUUGCUCAAUGAUAAUGUCGACAUGCCAAUGGUCUUGCCCAAUGUCCAAGAUCAACAAAUUAUGCCACCAACGAGUCAAAGUAAUAGUCCAUUCGCUGUUCCUCAAAGUCAGCAACCGCAGCUGCAACAGCUGCAGCUGCAGGUUCCAAGCGUGGCGCUGCGUCCAAAUGUUUCCUUCAAUGGUAACCCCACCAAUCAACAAAAGAUGAGGAUGCCGUCCAAUUUGCGAGAGUCACCCUACAACUCUCCUCAAAGUUUUUACACGCCACCUUUUGUUCCUUCUCCACAAACCAGAGCUGUCAAUUCACCUCACAACUCUCAAGGAACUACAUCGCGAGCAGUGUCACCGAAAGCCUAUGCCAAUAGGGGCUCAAACUAUACUGGCCAAUCUCCUCAUUCAUCCGUUGUCACCAAGUCACCAGAGUCAACUACAAAGUAA